GCAAGGUGACCCCAUGGCAAAGCGCAAGCCAGAUGGGUCCAGCUUCAACAUGACCCGCCUGUCCCUGGCUCUGGCUUUUUCCUUUCCCCCGGGUGCCAGUGGGCAACCCCACCCUCAGCCUCAGCUGGGCAACACCCAGCAACAGACAGAGUUAGGAAAGGAACUUGCUACCAGCAGCAGCAUGCCUCACUCCCAUCCAGCGCUGACCCCGGAGCAGAAGAAGGAGCUGUCUGACAUCGCUCACCGCAUCGUGGCUCCGGGCAAGGGCAUCCUGGCUGCAGAUGAGUCCACCGGAAGCAUCGCCAAGAGGCUGCAGUCCAUCGGCACCGAGAACACGGAGGAGAACCGGCGUUUCUACCGCCAGCUGCUGCUGACCGCGGAUGACCGCGUGAACCCCUGCAUCGGGGGCGUCAUCCUCUUCCACGAGACCCUCUACCAGAAGGCGGAUGAUGGGCGUCCCUUCCCGCAAGUUAUCAAGUCCAAGGGCGGCGUUGUGGGCAUCAAGGUAGACAAGGGCGUGGUACCUCUGGCAGGAACUAACGGCGAGACAACCACCCAAGGGUUGGAUGGGCUGUCUGAGCGCUGUGCCCAGUACAAGAAAGAUGGAGCCGACUUCGCCAAGUGGCGUUGCGUGCUGAAGAUUGGGGAACACACCCCCUCAGCCCUCGCCAUCAUGGAGAAUGCCAACGUCCUGGCCCGUUACGCCAGCAUCUGCCAGCAGAAUGGCAUUGUGCCCAUUGUGGAGCCCGAAAUCCUCCCCGAUGGGGACCACGACCUGAAGCGCUGCCAGUAUGUCACUGAGAAGGUGCUGGCCGCUGUCUACAAGGCUCUGAGUGACCACCACAUCUACCUGGAAGGCACCUUGCUGAAGCCCAAUAUGGUAACCCCAGGCCAUGCCUGCACCCAGAAGUAUUCUCACGAGGAGAUUGCCAUGGCAACCGUCACGGCGCUGCGCCGCACUGUGCCGCCUGCUGUCACUGGAAUUACCUUCCUGUCUGGAGGUCAGAGUGAGGAGGAGGCAUCCAUCAACCUCAACGCCAUCAACAAAUGCCCCCUGCUGAAGCCGUGGGCCCUGACCUUCUCCUACGGCCGUGCCCUGCAGGCCUCGGCCCUGAAGGCCUGGGGUGGGAAGAAGGAGAACCUGAAGGCUGCCCAGGAAGAGUACGUGAAGCGGGCCCUGGCCAACAGCCUCGCCUGCCAAGGGAAGUACACCCCGAGUGGUCAGGCCGGGGCCGCGGCCAGCGAGUCCCUCUUCAUCUCUAACCACGCCUACUAAGCGAAGGUGUUCUAAGGCCACCCCCUCAACACUCCAGGCUCCAGCACCGGCCCCCCUACACACACACACUCGCUCUUGAAGAGGGAGCCUUCUUGGGGGUUCCAGGCUGUGUUUCCCACCACUCUUGCCUCCCUCGUGACUUUGGUGCGUGGUAUUGUCUGUACGCUAACUCCAUCACUUUUUCCAGCCCACUGCCAAUAAACAGCUAUUUAAGGGGGA